AUAGUUCGCAGGUGCCAGCCUCAGGGCUUAUUCCACUUUGUCAUCCCUAGGACGCCAGCCCGACGCAAUAAUUUUUAACCGCUGCUGCCAAAAUGAGCGUUAAAGCGGAUUUAAAUAAUUCCGAUAUGAACAUGGAACUGCUGGCUCCAGAAACGAUACUAAAAACAGACGAUGAAAGUGCGGAGUCGAAACAGCAGCCAGAGAAAGAAGAAACGGUGGAUCCAGAAGACUCCCCCUUGAAGGAGGACGAACUCAUGUCGCUGGAAACGCUCCGCGAAUCGCCCGUACAAUGGCCCGAGAGAUUUCCAGGCAUGGAUGAUUUCCUCACAAUGUCCGAUACACCAAUGUACGCACCCAUCGCGGAGCCACAAAGAAUCCUGACCGCCGAGGACAUGGUUAAGAUAAACCGUCUAUCCAAGAUGACGCCGGAGGAAUUGAUAGCGAAGAUCAAGAGAAUGCAUGAUGAAAUCUAUCAACUGGGCCUAAUGGAGGCCAAGGAAAUGACGCGUGGCAAGCUGUUGCAAAUCUUCGAUCGCAAUCCCAAGCGUUACACCUGACCCAAAUUACGCCAUUUCAGAGGUUUAUGGGAUGGGACCACCCUAAGACCAUUUCCCAUUGCCCAUCCAACGAAUCCAUAACCAUAACCGCACACAAUGUUCAUAGAUUUAAGUAGUUUUGCAAGCCCCACUAAUUACUUGUUGAGAAUGCGAUGAGAAUGUUAUCUA